UACUUGUGUUAAUUAUGAAAUUCUUAACAUAUUCAAAUCUGAAUAACAUUCCUGUUUUCACAGUCAACUCCAAUUGUUGUCAUCGGCAUCCAACUUAUAUAAUUUUCCCGAAUACCAACAACGUUGAAUCUUCUGAAUCAGGUCCCACGAUCUUAGACUUUAAUGAAUUCGCUGCUGUCUGCGAUUCUAUUAAGGAAAACCUCUUAGUUUCUGAAAAGCCAAAACAAACUCAUCAAGAGGUAUUAACUAUUACUCACGUUAUUAAUACCAACUUUGCUCCCGAGGAUGAACAUGAACUAAGAUCACAACUUAACUCUCUCUAUCUCCAAUUGCUUAAAAAUAAUUAUAAUAAACCGUUUCUACCUGAUGACCCUAGUUUUCACCCCGUCAAUGAUCCCGUAUACGGCGUUCAGAACCCCUCAAUUACCGGAAAUUUAUCAUAUUUAUAUGAAUGUAUUAUUAGAAAAAGAGUCGAACUUAUGAUAGAUACCGGGAGAAGAAGAACUCUGAGUUUUGAAGACAAAUUGUUAUUAACACAUGAGAUUAAAAAGGCUCCUGGUCAUCUAAUUUGUGAAAAGGGGAAGGAUUUGUUAAUAAAAUUCAUCAAUAAUCCAAUGAGUUCAAUAGAAUUUGAGGAAUCAUCCGACCUAUUAAAAAAACAUAUUUAUCAUUUCAUCGUUCACUACUUAAAUGAAAAAUUAAUAACCUUUUCAAAACGUAAUAAUUAUCUCAAGGACAAUAAUCUUAAGGAUAAAGAUAUUAAGGAUAAAGAUAUUAAGGAUAAAGAUAUUAAGGAUAAAGAUAUUGAGGAUGAGUUUGAGUUAUUUGAAAGUUUGAUAAGUGAGGAAGAAAGUUUGGAGAUAGAUAAAAAAAUAUAUCAAUUGGCCUUGAUAAACAUGGGAAGGAAUCUUCGAAUUUAUGAGGAUGAUAAGUUUAGAAAACAUUUUGGUGAUUUUAACCAUGCUGACUAUCACCUUCAUGUCGAAAAUAAGCUGGCUGAAAUUUAUUCAUUCAGCUUCGAACAAACUGAUACCAAGGAUGGUCAAUUGUCCAAGUCAGCUCCGAAAAGUGUAGACUCCGAUGAUUCUACUUGUAUCUCCAGUGAUUCCGAUUCCGAUACCGAUACCCAUUCCGAUUGUGACAAACCACAAGUUUAUGAUCAACAAUUACCAGCUAAUUCUCCCAAUGUUGCUCCUGUUAACUACAGUCCUGAGGAACUAGAACUAAGAGCUCAACUAGACUCUGUGUAUCACUUAGUGUUUAAGAAGUUUUAUGAUGAAAAAUUAAUGUCAAAAUUCUUUGGAAGUUCGCCUAAUUUUGAUGAUUCUGCGUAUAGUAUUCGGGAUUUAUUUAUUGUAAGGGUGAUGCUAGAAGUUGGCGAAAACUUUAUUAAACACAAAACAGGGUGGACACUAUGUAACAUAUCCGAAACCUGUUCAACUGAAGAAGAUAAGAAAAGAUAUACAGCGGAACUUGAAAAGGCACCUGAGGAUCUAAUUGAUCAGGAGGAGAAAAAAUUGGUACUAAAGUUCAUUCGUAAACAGAUGGACGUCUUCAGUCUUGAGAAGUUGAUAUUUAAAAUUAAAGCUCGUAUCGAGGAGAUUAUUAUUAACUAUUUAAAAGAAACAUUUCUAGCCUUUUCAAGAGACUUUAACCUUAAAAAGGGGAAAGAGUUUGAAUUUUUCAAUAAUUUAAUCACUAAAGAAGAGAAUUUCAUUGUCGAUGAUACGAUAUACGACGCGAUUUUAGAAAUCAUGGGAAAUAAAAUAAUAGGAACCAGUGAAGAUAUUAAGAUAUUACAAUAAUUAUUCUAAAGCUAUGUGUAAUCUCAGAUAAGAACUAAU